AGAGAGAGAGAUGCCGGUGACGGCGCUGUGGGAGCUGCUGUGGGUGUCUUUAAGAGCCUCUUUUUCCCGCUCGGUGAGCAUUCUGCCCUCUUGACGCCGAGCCGGUAGAACAGGAGCAGCUGAACAGGAGCAGCUGUCUGGAGCUGAACGCGCUCGACCCGCGUCGGAAAUACGUUUAUUGUCGUUGUUUUUCUCCCCGUCUCAGAUUUUAGGAUAUAACUGCCGCCCUCUGAAGCCUUACAGAGACACGAUGGAGUUGCCAAAGUCCUGCGCUGUCAGUCUGACUCUGCUCGCCGUCCUCGGCUCUGCCGCGGCAGCUGCGCACUAUAGCUGCGAUGGAUCGCUAACGUCUGGACUGCCUGCAGCCUCCUUCCAGAGCUCUUCGCACUUCUCAGAGAGCCGGGCUGCAUACUUUGCCAAGCUCAACAGAAGAGAUGGAGGAGGUGGCUGGAGCCCGCAGCUGACAGACAAGUCCCCUUGGUUUCAGCUGGACCUCCGGGUGCGGAUGGAGGUGACGGCGGUGGCCACCCAGGGCCGCUAUGGCAGCCAUGACUGGGUUAGCGCUUACAUGCUCUUGUACAGUGACACCGGACGCGUCUGGAAGCAGUACAGGCAUGAGGAUAGCGUGGGGCGAUUGGUGGGGAACUCAAAUUCAGACACUGUGGUUCACCACAAGCUCAGCCAGUCCAUCAGAACCCGGUUCCUGAGGUUUGUUCCGGUGGAGUGGAACUCCAGCGGCAGGGUGGGGCUAAGAGUGGAGGCCUACGGCUGUGCAUACAAAUCUUACGUGGCGGACUUUGAUGGCCGAAGCUCUCUGCUCUACCGGUUCAACCAGAAGUCCAUGAGCACAGUGAAGGAUGUGAUAUCUCUGCGCUUUAAGAGUCGGCAGGCAGAAGGUGUUUUGCUGCAUGGGGAGGGCCAAAGAGGAGACUACAUCACUCUGGAGCUGCACCGUGGAAGGCUAGCUUUGCACCUCAAUCUUGAUGACACCAGGGUCAGGGCCAGCAGUGGGCGAAUGGUGGUCACACUGGGCAGUCUCCUAGAUGACCAGCACUGGCAUUCAGUGCUCAUCGAGCGCUUUAACAAGCAGGUCAACUUCACCUUGGACAGACACACACAACACUUCAGGGCCAAAGGUGACGGAGACUCUCUGGAUGUCGACUACGAGCUCAGCUUCGGUGGGAUUCCUCUGCCUGGAAAGCCUGGGACCUUCCUCAGACGGAACUUUCACGGCUGCGUGGAGAACCUCUACUACAACGGCGUAAACAUCAUUGAUCUUGCUAAGCGACGCAAACCACAGAUAUACAGUGUGGGCAAUGUGACCUUUUCCUGCUCCGAGCCGCAGCUGGUAGCCGCCACCUUCUUGAGCUCCAGCAGCAGCUUCCUGUCUCUGCCGGCCCCAGCACCCACUCUGGAGGGGCUCUCGGUGCGCCUGCAAUUCCGCACCUGGAACCCAGACGGCCUGCUGCUGUCCACCCGGAUGGUCUCAGAGGAGGAGCCCUGCUACCUGCUCCUGCAGAUUAGCAGCGGUCGCCUUCGCCUCACCCACCACACCUCUGACCUCAAGACAUCGGAGGUGUCCACUGGUCAGAGAGUCAACGAUGGUCUAUGGCACUUGGUGAGUGUCAGCACUAGAGGUCUGCAGGUGACCAUGACCCUGGACAACGAGCCAGCCUCAUCAAUUCAGCUAGAGGACUACCUGGAGCCAAGAGAUAAUUACUACUUUGGGGGAUGUCCGGUGGCUCAGAACGGCUCCAGCUGUAUUAACCCAACCAUGGCCUUCCAAGGAUGUAUGCGUCUUAUCCUCAUCAACAACCAACCAACUGAUUUCAUGCUUGUCCAGCAAGGGGUCAUGGGUAGCUGGAAUCAACUACAGUUUGACAUCUGUGGCAUUCAGGACAGGUGCCUCCCCAGUUUCUGCGAAAACGGCGGCCGCUGCACUCAGACUUGGUCUUCUUUCCACUGCGACUGCGCUGGAACCGGAUACAGUGGAGCUACGUGCCAUAAUUCUGUCUACGAAUCCUCGUGCGAGGCCUACAGGCUUGCAGGAAGCUCCUCUGGCGACUUCUCCAUUGAUCCUGAUGGGAGCGGCCCUCUCGGCCCCAUUCAGGUCUACUGCAACAUGACAGAGAGCAAAGUAUGGACUGUGGUUCACCACAACAGCACAAGUCAGGCACGAGUCCGAGGUUCUACCCUGGAGAAACCAUACAACAUGCACUUUGACUACGGUGCCUCUCCGGAGCAGCUGAGAAUGCUCGUGGCACAGUCGGAAUACUGUCAACAGAAGAUAACUUACCAGUGCAGGAAAUCACGCCUUUUCAACACAUGGGAUGGUGCCCCCUUGUCCUGGUGGCUGGACCGUAGCGGAGAGAGGAGGACGUACUGGGGGGGCGUCCUGCCCGGAGUCCAGCAGUGUGCCUGCAGUCUGGAGGAAAAUUGCAUCGACUUGAAUUACUUCUGCAACUGCGACGCAGAUAGAGACUCAUGGGAGAAUGAUACUGGCUUCCUGUCCUAUAAAGAGGACUUGCCCGUGAGUGGGAUAGCUAUAGGAGACACGAGUCGCCUGAAUUCUGAGGCUGUGUAUAGCGUCGGACCUUUGGAAUGCUCCGGUGACAAGUCUCUGUGGAACGCGGCGUCUUUUUAUGAGGAAGCAUCGUAUCUGCACUUCCCUGCUUUCCAGAUUGAGUUCUCCUUUGACAUCUCCUUCUACUUCAAAACUGGCUCCCCCUCUGGGGUCUUCCUCGAAAAUCUGGGGCUCCAAGACUUCAUCAUAGUGGAACUAAGCUCUCCUUCCUCCGUGACAUUCUCCUUUAAUGCGGGCGAUGGGCCGGUGGUCUUAGCUGUCAAGUCCCCCGUGCCUCUGAAUGACAGGCAGUGGCACUGGGUUCGUGCCGAGCGGAACGUGAAGGAGGCGUCGCUGCAGGUGGACCAGCUGCCCCUGCGCUACCUGGAUGCUCCAGCUGACGGACACCUACGCCUGCAGCUGAACAGCCAACUGUUUGUGGGAGGAACAGCUACCAGACAGAGGGGUUUCCUCGGCUGCAUCCGAGCGCUUGAUGUGAACGGCGUCAGCUUUGACCUAGACGAGCGGGCCAAGAUGACCCCUGGGGUGAGCUCGGGCUGCCCAGGUCACUGCAGCAGCUCUGCCGGCUUCUGCCACAACCGUGGCAAAUGCAUUGAGAAGAGCAGCGGCUACGUAUGCGACUGCACUCACUCCGCCUACGGGGGACCCUCCUGCAAGGAAGAGGUAUCCGUGUCCUUCGAGAAGGGUUCGUCGGUGACCUACACCUUCCAGGAGCCGUUCUCCGUCAUGCAGAACAGGACAGCUCAGGUUUCCUCUGCAUCCUCCGUGUACAGCAAGUCCAGGGACAACAUGGCCCUCAGUUUCCUUACGACGCAGAGUCCCGCAAUGCUCCUCACCAUCAACACUUUCUCCCAGCAGUACGUCGCUAUCAUCUUAGCCCGCAACGGGAGUCUGCAGAUUUGGUACCGGCUCCAUAAAGAGCGGAGACCCAGUGUGUUCAGCCCUGUGCUCACCAACCUGGCAGAUGGAGAACUUCACCGACUCCGGCUCCACAGAGAGGGAAAAGAUGUAUAUGUGCAGGUUGAUCAAGACAAUAAAAAAUACUCCCUCUCGUAUGAUACAGAGUUUAACUCAAUGAGGUCGCUAACUCUGGGAAAAGUUACAGCAGGAAACGAUGCACUAGACGAGGAAGUUGCACAAGCAGGAUCCAAAGGUUUCGUCGGCUGCUUUUCAUCUGUGCAGUACAAUCACAUAGCUCCGCUAAAAGCAGCACUGCUCAACCGUGGUAGCUCACUGGUCAGCAUACGAGGACAUUUGCUGGAGUCUAACUGUGGAGCGCUGGCUGAUUUAUCAACCUCUAAAUCCCGUUUAGACCAUGGGGAUGAGGCUGCUAAAGAUAACAAGCAUCAUGAAGAUGACACCCAAAGAGAUUCGGCAGUAAUCGGAGGCGUGGUUACAGCAGUUAUCUUCAUAACGCUGUGCGUGGUGGCAGUGAUGGCACAUUUCCUCUACCAACACCGGCAGGUCCGGAGAACCGCCAGCAUCCAGGAGAAGGACCACAGACACAGCCUUGAAGCUGCCUAUAGGGCAGAACUCCACCUAAACAAUUCUAUGAGGGACAGUAUGAAGGAAUACUACAUCUGAUGGACGUGUCAAGCCUGUAGCUGUCGGUUUUUCCUACUUAUGUUUAGUGCUUCUGCACAUGCGUGGUGGACCUCGUCUAGCUGGGGUUGUGUGGAAGAGAUUGUUCGCUACUGAAGCCUGGAGUACAUAGGGGUCUACAGAUCUAGGUAGGUAGUAGCUAGUAGAUGCCCAACCUGUUGGCCCAGCACUGUGGGCCAGGUUGUGAUGUAUGACGAUGGUGUUAUGGGGAAAGUCCCUACAUUUUUGGACAGUAUCCCUCUGAAAGAAGUCUGGAAUGGAGAAUGACCAUGUUAUUUUCAGAGGCUUCGUUUAUUCAUGUUGGGCUCAAAGGGUUCAUGCUAUGAUCUGCAAAAAUCAACCCCCACUUCCCCUACUGGACUGGACACAAAGAAAAAUGUUGCCUACUUCAAGAGGCAGUUAGCAGUCAGUGAAAUCUUGUUUUAUUUAUUCAUAUACAGUACUGUGCAAAAGUCAGAGCCAAUACUUUGUUUAGUUCAUUUACAGUCAAAAGGUUAUUUGUUACCUUUAUUGCAGCUUUCAUGAUUUUUGUCAGAUUAGUGUUCAUUUUUUUCAAAGAAAUCUGCAGGGAAAUCCAAAAGUUCAGUCUUAGAAGCUGCUUUCUGCUUCUCACCAUCCAAGUAAUCCCAAACACACUGAGUGAUGUUGAGAUCUGAGUUGGU